CCUUUACCGCCGUUUCAGAACGCGGUACAAAAGGAUAUAGUCCAUCCUUGUGCCACCCUUGACGAUGAUCACAUCCAUUCAUGGUCCACUUGGCACCAACGUGCCUAGUGAGACUUGGGGACUUGGGGCAGCCAGUCGUCUGCGGCAAACUGUAGGGUGAAGAAAGGAUCCGCUGGGCUAAAGGGGUCUGCCUGCAAGCACACAAGCUGUGAAAGGUGCUCUUCUCGGCAAAACGGCCGAGCCCCCACCUCAGCGGCUCUAUAAAACGUUCACCCCAGUCCAACAACCGUCUCUCGCUCGAUUGCUCAAGAGUAAUCGCCAGCGUCUCUCACACCAUGUCGUCAGCAGAGGAAAAGAAAAAGCAGAAGAAGAAGGAAGAGGAAGAGCUGAAAGCGAAGCGGAAAGAGUACAUGUCCAAAGCGGACCCCUCGACGGUGGAGAAGAUGCUGGGUGGAGGCGAUUUCGGGAAAGACUACUUCAAGGAAGGCGAAUGGAAGCCGAGCUGGACUUAUCUGGAGUUUAAUGGUGAUGCUUGUCUGGCGGAUGUGCUCGGUAAACCCCAGGAAGGAUUCUACGCGCCAGCUGGAACGAUGCUUCCUUUGGGUGCUCAAUUGCCCGAGAUGACAGUGUUGAAGUAUGGCGGGUAUAUCCCGGAAGGAACGUCCUUCCCUGGAGGCGUGAUGGUACCGAUGCACGCUCGUAUGGUCAAUCUGCUUCCGAAGGAAACCACCAAGCCAGCUCCAAAGCCAGCAUCAGAGUCGCUCUGCUCAGUGAUGUGAUGCUUCGGUAUCCCGGAGUAGUGCAU